AUGACACAGACCAACGGUACCGCCAGCAGUAGCGCUGCUGCUGUGGCUUCAUUACGGAAGAGCUAUCUGCACGGUAUCUCUGAUACACCGCUGCUGUUUGAUACAGUUGGUGAUCGUCUACGACUUGCAGCCACUGUUGUACCUGAUCGAGAGUAUGCUAUAUUCAAGAAGAGUGGUAUUCGUAAAACCUAUCGUCAGUUGUUGUACGAUUGUGAAAAAUUGGCAGCUGGUUUGUUGCAUCUGGGUUUAACACGAGGAGACAGAAUUGGUAUGUGGAGCCCAAAUAUUUAUGAGUGGUUAGUUUGCCAGUUCGGAACUGCAAUGGCCGGGAUGAUCAUGGUGAACAUUAAUCCGAUGUACCAGUCAGAAGAAUUAAAAUUUGCGUUACAAAAAGUCGGGAUAAAAGCACUGAUUGCUCCGCCAAGUUUUAAAAGAUCCAAUUAUUAUGCUUCAAUUUGUACUGUUAUGCCAGAAUUAACAACCAAACCAGAAGGACGUGGUGAUAUCAGUUCAAAAAAUUUUCCAAAUUUUCGACAUUUAAUUUUGGUUGAUACAGAAGAUCCGACACCACGACGAGGCGCUUGGGUAUACUCAGAGGUUGUAAAUAUGGCAAGUAAAGAAGAUUUCAUGAAUUUACACCAAAUAUCCAGAUCAGUACAGCCAGAUGAUCCAGUAAAUAUACAGUAUACAAGUGGCACAACUGGACAACCAAAAGGUGCCACAUUGACACAUCAUAAUGUUGUGAACAACGCUUAUUUUGUUGGAAAACGAGCCGGAUAUGGUGAACGGCGAUCGGUUAUAUGUGUUCCAAACCCUUUAUACCAUUGUUUUGGAUGCGUCAUGGGAACGCUGUGUGCUUGUAUACAUUUUCAAACUUGUGUAUUUCCAGCACCAUCGUUUGAACCACUUGCUGCAUUGCAAGCAAUUCAUGAAGAAAAAUGUACAGCAGUAUACGGUACACCAACAAUGUUCAUUGAUAUGUUAAACCAUCCUCAGUAUAAUCAGUAUAACUACAGUUCAAUUACAUCAGGAAUCGUAGCAGGUUCACCAUGUCCUAUUGCUUUAUGCAGACGUCUGGUUACUGAACUUGGAAUGCAAGGUUUACAGGUAUGUUAUGGAACAACGGAAACUAGUCCAGUGUCAUUUAUGUCCAAGUGUUCUGAUCCUCCAGAGCAGCGUAUCAAAACCGUUGGGCAUAUAAUGGACCAUCUUGAAGCUGCAGUGGUUUCUGCAGACGGUACUAUUCUACCACUUAACGAAAAAGGUGAAGUAUUAGUAAGGGGUUAUUCGGUGAUGCGUGGUUACUGGGAUGCAGAUGAGCAAACCUGUGCAGAAAUUACUCCAGAUCGUUGGUAUCAUACAGGGGAUCUUGGUGUUGCGCAUGAAGACGGCUCUUUGAGUAUCGUUGGGAGAAAAAAGGAUAUGAUUGUUCGAGGUGGAGAAAAUAUUUAUCCUACUGAAAUUGAGCAAUAUCUUUUUAGGCAUCCACACAUUAAGAAUGUACAAAUUGUUGGAGUGCCUGACGAACGUUUUGGAGAGGUAGUUUGCGCUUGGAUAACACUAAAAGAAGGAUCUCCAAAAGUUACAGAAGACGAUAUACGCGACUUCUGUAAAAGCAAGAUUGCUCAUUUCAAAGUUCCUCGAUAUGUUAUGUUUAAAAAGGAAACCGAUUUUCCGAUGACAUUGUCGGGUAAAGUCAGAAAAUAUCGGAUACGUGAAUUGGCGACUGUUGAACUUGGACUCCAGAAUGUCGAAUCGCAUUUUAACGCUGUUUAA